AUGGGGUGGAUGUGCAGGCCUCUCCUCCGAGGUGUCCGGGCCCGACGCGGACCUGCCAUAAUCACUGCUGCGGGCUACCAAUUUCUCAUGGGGUGGAUGUGCAGGCCUCUCCUCCGAGGUGUGCGGGCCCGACGCGGACCUGGACGCCGAGGUCCAGGACAUCGCCAAGGCCGGAUGGCGACGAGGCGCGAGUGCCGCCCGCCCGCCCGCGCCUUUUGCUCGCCGUGGCCGUGCCCAUGUUCUUCCCGGCCACUCGGCGUCAUCGAUCGUGCUCGCCUUCUUGGCGCCGCUGGUCUUGUGCCGCACAGUCGGCUUCGGCAGCAACGCCGCGCUGAUGGGCGCUGCCUGCCUACUCGACCGGCCGGGUAUGCAGUCAAGUCUGAACUUGAUCUUCUUGUGUCCGAGUAUGCAGUCAAGUCUGAACUUGAUCUUUUUAUGUGUGCAGAGUGCUGA